AAAGAAAGGAAAAGAUUCUGCGAUGAAGUGCCAGGUGUCUAGAGUGAGGGGAGUGGUGUCGCUGGGGAGAGGGCGUGGCGGCUCGCGCGCUACUUCCGCUUACGCCUGCUCUACUACGCCCCUCGGCACGUUGACGCUGGGCUUUCCACGCCCCAUUUUACAGCAGCCGUAAAGUGCGGUGUCGUGACCACGCCCUUUCUUGCGGCUCUUGUGACGCAGGCGCCCUGGGCUUUUUGCGCGGGAAAAGGCAGCAGUUCGGAACUAGCCGGGGCUGCUGGAACCCACUGUUUUCGCGGAGUCCGCCGCUGGCCCCGCGCCUCUGCCGGCCAUGGGGCUGCUGGAGCAGUGCGAGCAGGUGUUCGGUACCGCCGACCUUUACCGGGUGCUGGGGGUGCGGCGCGAGGCCUCGGACGGCGAGGUCCGACGCGGCUACCACAAGGUGUCCCUGCAGGUGCACCCGGACCGGGUGGGCGAGGACGACAAGGAGGGUGCCACCCGCCGCUUCCAGAUCCUCGGGAAAGUCUACUCCGUCCUGAGUGACAAGGAGCAGAGGGCCGUGUACGACGAGCAGGGGACCGUGGACGAGGACUCGGAUGUGCUCAGCCAGGAUCGGGACUGGGAGACGUAUUGGAGGUUACUCUUUAAAAAGAUAUCUCUAGAAGACAUUCAAGCUUUUGAAAAGACAUACAAAGGUUCUGAAGAAGAGCUGGCUGAUAUUAAACAGGCCUAUCUGGACUUCAAAGGGGACAUGGGUCAGAUCAUGGAGUCGGUGCUGUGCGUGCAGUACACGGACGAACCCAGGAUAAGGAACCUUAUUCAGCAAGCCAUUGACGCUGGAGAAGUCCCAUCCUAUAAGGCCUUUGUCAAAGAAUCGAAGCAAAAGAUGAAUGCUAGGAAAAGGAGGGCCCAGGAAGAGGCUAAAGAAGCAGAAAUGAGCAGGAAGGAGUUAGGACUUGAUGAAGAUAAUUUGAAAGCACUCAUUCAGAACAGACAAAAGGAUCGGCAAAAGGAAAUGGACAAUUUUCUGGCUCAGAUGGAAGCAAAGUACUGCAAACCUUCCAAAGGAGGAGGGAAAAAAACAGCUCUCAAGAAAGAAAAGAAAUAAUGGAAUUUUCUCUUCAAAGGUCGUUAGGGGUUAAUUAGUGCCAUUGUAGGAAAGGUAAAGUCAAGAUCUGAAGACAAAAGUCAAUUCAACCCUUGAGAAAAAUUCUCUUCCACCUAAACUAUUCAGAUUGAGAAUGUAAACCAGUCUCUCAACCUGAUCUUCUAUCCUAGAAAUCCCCUGACAUUCUGUGAAUUUUAGUCCUCCUGUGAAGGAAUUUGGUGAUGGUCAUUGAGGAAAGAGGGGGAGGUUGGUAUACUUCUGACAGCACUUGCUUCUGUGGAUCUUUUGUACAAGGAACUUUACCUAGAAUGUGGAUCUGUCCAUACUUCCGUUACCAGCUGUCAUUUUGCCACAAGAAUGAGCUGCAGAGUAUUCAGAGCGAUGUGUGUGUUUAUUAGAACAAGUACGCUACCUGGCUAGAAUGUCCUCAGAACACUUGCUGGACAUUGUCUUCUAAAUACUUGACAGUGCUUUCAGUCUUAAAACUCUUGAAUACAUCCUCUCUUUUUGUUUUUGUUUUUUUACUCAAACAGGUUUUUGUACUCUGCUUCAAGUAUAGGAGAAACAGAUGUUCACAUUACUUCAAGCAUCUUUAUGACUUAAUACAUGAUUAAACUAAACAAGUAAAAAAU